AUGACAGCCAAAAGAGCAUCUGUUGAAAAAUCGCCUGUUGUAAGGAAGACCAAACCAGUGGAAACAUCGUCACCGAUAAUCGAGCCAUCGGUAGGUGGAUAG